GGGCUGCUCUGCCGGCGCCUCGGGAGGAGGGCGAGAGAGCGGCUCCCGCGGCUCGGCUGCAACCCAGAGGCGCGCGCACCGGAGCGCCAAGCCGCGCCCGGCCACCCCCAGCGCUGCGGAAGCACCUCGAGGACGCGGCGGCGCCCCACGGAGCGCCCCUGUCCGUCGCAAAGGGGGCGAGGAGAAGGAAGCCCGUGCGGAUCUUGCGCGGGACGAGCGUAACGCACCCGGACCCGCGCCCACCUUCGUUUCCUUGAGCGCCACCCUGCCGCUGCUUUUGCGCAGCCGGCCCGGGAGCCCUCGCCUCGCCGCCCUCUCCAUCUCCUCUCCCGGGGCUCCUCUCUGGCUGCAAAUCGGGGUGGAGAAGCAAGAAGGGAGCGGCAGGACUCCGUGCUGCAGCGGCAAUAAUUGCAUCAAUAAUAGCAAUUAUCUGCGGGUUUGGCGGACCUCGUGGGGUCCCCAAAUCCGUGCGCCGCAGAGAGACAGAAAACCUGGCGUGAUGCAGCAGUUGCAGAAAAGGAGGCUGGGGAUUUGGGAGCAGAGCGACGAGGAAGCCUUGAUCCGGCGCCCUUCCCCGGUUUUUUAAGAGAGAGAUUCCGCCCAUGCUAGCCAUGAGCAGCUUCUUCUUGCACCCGCGGCCAGCCCUGCGCGGCUGCUGCGCCCCUUUCCUGGCCUCGGGCGCCGGCUGUUUGGCGCACUGCAGCAGACGCAGCGCCUCUUCGCGCUGCGCCCCCGGCCGCCGCCGGCGCCUGCGGGUCUUGGUGGACAUGGACGGGGUGCUGGCGGAUUUCGAGGGGGGCUUCCUGAAGAAGUUCAGAGCCAAGUAUCCGGAGAAGCCCUACAUCGCCUUGGAGGACCGCAGGGGGUUCUGGGUCUCGGAGCAGUAUGGGCAGCUGGAAUCGGAGCUGAGUGAAAAGGCAAUUGGCAUUUGGGAGUCAAAGAACUUCUUCCUGGAGCUGGAUCCGCUCCCAGGGGCCGUGGAAGCCGUCAAGCAGAUGGCCGAGUUAAAAGAGACCGAUGUGUUCAUCUGCACCAGUCCCAUCAAGAAGUAUCGGUAUUGCCCAUACGAAAAGGAGCUGAGAAGAGUCCGAGCUGGGAGCACAUCCUCUUCACGGCCUGCCACAACAAGCACCUCCAGCUGCCUCCUCUUCGUCGGAGGCUGCACUCGUGGGCCGAUGACUGGAAGGCCAUCUUGGAUAGCAAGCGGGCAUUGUAGAGCUCGUUGGGAGAGUCUCCUCGACGUGCCCGGCGAGGGGCCAGAAUCAGUGGUGCAGACCCGAAAACCACACCUAGGCCCCGUGGGGAGAAGCAGGAAAAGCCAUGUCUUUGGUUUCAGCUAUGGAGCCAGAGACGAGGGCAGUCUUCCCAAGAAAAAGGAGCUUGGCCAUUCCACAAGAGCCAUCGCAAAAGCUGGGCCACCAAAGGACCUUUGCCAAGCACCCUUCCUGGGUCUGGCUUGGCCUAGUCCAAAAGACGUCUUAUCCCAAAGGAAGGCCCAGCCAGGGGUGUUCACCACCCACCAAGCACUGUUUAGCGUCAUAUCUGGCUUCCGUAAAGAUGGCCGCCAUCUUUAACGUCCGCUCCCAAUCUCCAGGACUGAAAUUUAGUUUGCUUCAGGAGGACGUUGAAAUGAGCUGAGGGGCAGGCCGGUCUGGGAGCCACUUCAAAAUCCAAAAUGUGUGUGUGUGUGUGAACUGUGGUAGCUCAUUUGCCAGGGGAAAUGCCUGGGUUGGGGAACCAGUCACCGGUCCAAACAUUGUUGGACUCCAGUUCCCAUCAUCCUUGGUCGUGCUGGCUGGGGAUGAUGAGAGUUGGAGUCCGUCAACAUCUGGAGGGCCACAGUUUCCCUACCCUUACUCCCAGAAACAUCCUCUCUCUCAUGGCGGCUCGUCGACAAACCCAGGUUUCUGAGCUGAGACCUGCUUCCAACCAAGUUCUCCUUUGGGCUCUCAGUGUAAGCCAAAGCGAGUGCCCUUCUAAGGUAAGAAGGCCUGUGGAAUCUCAGGUUGGGCGAGGAGGCCUCAGUUCUCACAAAUGGCAAGAGAGGAGGCCAACCACGUCAUUUUUCGCGGAUAGACUCACAAGACUGAAUGGACUUCAUACCCCACCAAAUAUCCCUCCAGGUAGAAGAAUAGUAUGCCAGGGAGAAAUAUUCUAGCCUGCUGAUUUUCUAUACAAAGGAAUUUUUAUUUUAUUUUUUGGACAGGAGAACAAUGUGGGCCCAUAUCCUGAAGCAGAUAUGGCAACCCAUGAGCAAGCCGACAAUUUUGCACUUGCUGCCCAUAGGAGCAAGGUCUGAGCUUCGCCUUGAAGGGAACUUUCUGGAACAUUUGCGCUAUAUGUAGCUCUUUGACUAUUGUCUCAGUCAAGUGACACUGGACGGAGGUCUUCCGUCAUGAGACGCUCUCAUUCCCUCCAGACACACGGCAGCUAAAAAGCUUGUGACAGCACACAAGGAAGAAAGCUUUAUUGUUCCCGGAAGACGAAAGCCAAAAGGAUUCCCCCUCAAGCUGAAAUUGGGAAAAUGGUCAGAAUUCAUUUGGCUUCAUGAAUCUGCAAUAUUUUGCAAGUUCUGCUUUUGAAAUCUGUUUGAGUCUUUUACAAAACGAGAAAGGAAGGAAAUAUUGGCUCAUCAAUGUAUUUUAAAGGCAGCCCUUUCAAGUUUUCAAUUCCGUGAUUCGACACUGUCCUCUUGUUUCCAUUCUCCCGGUUCAAAACCCCCAAAUUCAGCAGCUUUCCUAAACAGUCAUGUUGAGAAAUAAAUCUGAAAGAAUUAGAAUCA